GUUCAUCGAAACCGACCGGCAUGACAGGUGAGGGGUAACACACCCCCAAGACCCCAAUCAUGCAAGUACGACCAUUGUUUUGGCUGAUGUUGACUCUUUUUCUCACCAAGUACUUCCAGUCCACCAAACCUCUUGUGUCUCCAAUUCAAAAAGGUAAGCAGACCCCCAAAAAGAAAACAUGUACAGAAAGUGAAUCACCCUUCGGCCCAACAAAAGGUCGAAAGCCGAAGGAGAACGGUAAAAUGUGGAGUACCAUAUGGCUUGGUUCUUUGGGAUUCCCCAGCAUCUCUCCACCUCUCCACAAAGCAAAUACCACCCUUCCCCCCCGUCCCCCGCAUAUAAACCCCCGAAAAGCUGGGGUCGGCCGCUGUGGCCUGCGCCAAAGGCUCCACACGCUGGCAACCCAAUCGCUGAAGCCGGUCAAGAUCGACGACAUGCCGGGACGGAGAACAAGGCAGUCACUGGCAGGCAAAGACGACUUUUACCUAACAAGCAAAGACUCGGAAAAGUUGAUCAGGGGUCGGAAAGAAUCAGGCCAGCCAAGAACAUUGAAGGUCAGUCUGUCAAUAGACCAGCCAAGCGGACUGCAUUUCCUUCUCAGCGGCAGUCUUACCUACACAGUCCACAGUCAGGACUACGUUACAUUACGGGUUACCAUGUGUGGUUAAACAUAGCCGGACGGUCCAAGAACGACUGGACCACUACACAUGAGCCCAUCCCGUGUUGUGGGUGUGGUACAACCUCCAACGGGAGUGAGGAGGAGUGCUCCCCCAAGUCGUACUCGUACAGUGUCUCGAAUGCCCUCCAAUUGGUUUGCCGAGUACGUACCGAUGAUCCCUUCCUGAAGCCGUCUUGGCCUGGCCCGAGCCUACACAGUGCACUACAUAGCACGCUGAGUGAGAUCCAUGGCGAGCAAAAAAAAAAAAAAAAAAAGAUGGAGGCCAAUAUUGGGGAACCAUGGAAAACCCU